UUCCCACCUUCUAUUUUACAGUAAAGUUCUUGAGCUGAUAUCCCGGGCCAGGUUCCUAGUAUAUAUGGGGCGACGAACAGAGCCUUCCUCACUCACACUGCUUCACCCUUCAAAAUGAAGUUUGCAUCGCUGCUGGUGCUGGUACUGGCCGUGUCAGCGGUCUUCGCCAGCCCUGUGCCUGGCAAGAAGUUUAAGAAGGGCGGCUUUGGUAUAGGUCGCGGCUUCGGCUACGCUCCAGUCCACGUGAUUCCAGUCCGGUACCCUGUCUACGGGCACUAUGGUGGAGGUUACGGAGGUGGUUUCGGUGGCGGCUACGGAGGUGGCUUCGGUGGCGGCUACGGAGGUGGCUUUGGUGGAGGCUUUGGCGGUGGAUUUGGUGGCCUGUACGGCGGUGGCUUCAGCAGAGGCUACGGCUAUGGCUGGUAGAUCAGAUGUUCAAAGAUCGUCACCAGUAUCGUUGCUAUGUAGUUGUGGAAAGUACUAAAAAUUAUGAAUAUUUUUCCAAUAAAUUCUAAUAUAAUAAUU